AUGGCCAACCUCUCCAAGAUCAAUGUUCUAAUGUGUGGUACCGAAUAUAGGGUGAAUAUACGACCGGAUGGACAGGCUCUGGUGCUUCCAAAUCCGAUAAGAAGGCGCGUGCUCAAUUCCUUAUCGAUGGACAAUGAGCUCAUCCGUCCUGUUCAGAUCGGUGUCGUCGGGCUGACUCUCUUCGAUCUACGGAGGCUUGGAAAGGUCGACAAGCUUGGAAUGGCUGGCGUGAAUGGAGGAAAAUUCCCCGCUAUUCGCGAGCAUCUUGACAAGAAUAUCGGCGGGGUAUACAAAGACAUGGAUCUCACGUAUGUUUUUGAUGAUAAGGAAGCCAUCGACAGCAUGUCUAAGGGAGACGCUGUGAUUAUCUUCACACCAGAUCCCACGCACUAUGCCAUCACAAUGUACGCAAUAGAAAGAGGGAUACACGUCCUCGUCACCAAGCCUGCGGUGCAAUUGCUGUCGCACCAUAACGAGCUCAUCGCCGCCGCUAAGAAGUACGGCGUCGUCUGCAUGGUAGAGCACCACAAACGAUUUGAUCCUGCGUAUUCCGAUGCAAGAGCAAAAGCAGAAAGCCUGGGCGAGUUCAACUUUUUCAGUGCAUGGAUGAGCCAACCAAAGAGUCAACUUGAGACAUUCCGAGCAUGGGCUGGAAAAGACUCUGAUAUCAGGCAAGCAAAAACAAAAACACAUUAUUAUUACCUGUCGUCGCACCAUAUCGACAUUUGCUGCUGGAUGCUUCAGGACAAGGCUAUCCCCACAAGGGUAGUGGCAAGUGCCGCAACAGGAAUUGCCACAAGCGAGCCGUACAACUGUGUCCCACAAACAGAAGACACUAUUACCCUCUUGGUUGACUGGGAGUCAACCACUAGUUCAAAGCACAAAGGGACCGGUGUCUACACGGCUAGUUGGACAGCUCCUCUCAAAGCCGGCGUUCACUCGGCCCAACACUGGUAUUAUAUGGGAGAAAAAGGCGAUAUUACCGUUGAUCAAGCUCACCGUGGAUAUGAUGUGACCGUCGACGAUACCGGAAAGACCUGGUACAACCCUUUCUACAUGAAGUACUCUCCUUCAGAAAGCGGACAUUUCGACGGUCAGCGGGGAUAUGGUUAUGUCUCGAUUGAGAAAUUUAUCGAUGCUGCAAGGAGUGUUAACGCCGGUCAUACUAAAGUGGAAGACUAUGAUAAGCAUGGGCUGCCCACCAUCGCCAACACAGUGCUCACAACCGCCAUUCUGCACGCUGGACGAAUCAGCCUGGAUGAGAAGCGGCCGGUUGGAAUCAAGAAGAAUGGAGAAGAGUGGAUUCUGGAAUGA